AUGGCUGUCAAAGUGUUUGUAGACCAAUUGAUACUAACAGGACUGGCGUUACCGCCAGGAUACGUCGGAGGCACGGUCUUUGAUUACGUCUACAACGCUCACAAGGACUACGAAUACACCGUUCUCGUUCGCGACGAAGCACGUGCCCAGCUAGUAAAGGCGAAAUAUCCAACCGUCGAAUUUGCCUAUGGUGCUCUCGAGGAUACCAACGUCAUUGAGAAGGCUGCCGCCGAGGCAGAUAUCGUUAUCCACACCGCAGACUCGUCGGAUCACGCCAUUAGUGCUCGCGCGAUUGCCAAGGGCCUGAAGGAGGGCCACACAGCGGAAAAGCCUGGAUACUGGUUGCACCUGUCUGGCACAGCCAUCCUGACCUGGUACGACCAUGUCAACAACAGAGCAGGAGAAGGCCCCCACCCCGAGUACAUUUACAACGAUCUCGACGGCGUCGACCGCAUGUUGAACUUUCCCGAUGAUGGACUCCACAGAGAUGUUGAUAAGAUUAUCCAAGGUGCCGCUUCUGAUGCAGUCAAGACCACAAUCAUCUGUCCGCCUCUCAUCUACGGCAAAGGAUCUGGCGUCGGCAACCAGACGAGCGUCCAGCUACCAUAUCUCAUAGAGGCGGGUCUCUCCGACGGAUACGUGCCCGUGGUCAAGCCUGGGAAGACCGAGUGGGACCACGUCGACGUUCACAGCCUAGCAGACUUGUAUGUCAAGCUUGUCGAUGCGACCCAAGAUCCCUCGAAGAACAGCAACCCGGAGAUUUUCGGCAUCAGAGGCUUCUUCUUUGCCGCCAGUGGCACACAUUCCUAUUUACAGCUUGCAGAGAAGGUUGCGGCAGAAAUCAAGAAGCAAGGCUACAGCAAUAAGGUGACAGUUAAGCAAUACAGCCUCGCCGAGCUGAGAGAGCUGAAGGGAGACAACCUCGUCAUAAGCACGUAUGCGUACAGCUCGAGGGGAGACGCGCAGAGGGCCAAGAAGUAUCUCGGCUGGGAGCCCAAGGGCAUGUCUCUAGCUGAGGGUGUCACAGAGACGGUGGAAAUUCUGGCAAAGGCCAAGGGGCUGUAA